AGCCGUCCCCUUAAAACUGAGUUUUGCAAGUGGAAGAAUUGUAGCUUAAGUUGGCGGAGUUCCGACGGGGAAAGAUGCAGAUCUUCGUGAAAACCCUCACCGGAAAAACCAUCACGCUCGAGGUCGAAUCGAGCGACACCAUUGACAAUGUCAAAGCUAAGAUUCAGGAUAAGGAAGGAAUCCCACCGGAUCAGCAGCGUUUGAUUUUCGCCGGAAAGCAGCUUGAAGAUGGCCGAACCCUUGCUGAUUACAACAUCCAGAAAGGUUUGAGUCGACUUUGCAUUUGGUUUUUGAGGCUUAGGGGUGGAAUCAUCGAGCCUUCGCUAAUGGCUUUGGCUAGGAAAUACAACCAAGAUAAGACCAUUUGCCGAAAAUGUUAUGCUCGUCUGCAUCCUCGUGCCGUUAACUGCAGGAAGAAGAAGUGUGGACACAGCAAUCAGUUGAGGCCAAAGAAGAAGAUCAAGUAGACUUGCUGGCUGUACUAUUUAUCUUUAUUUUUCUAUUUCAGUUGUUGACAACUAAACACACAUAGUUUGGCUUUUCUUAUGAUAGACAUUAUUACCUCCUUAUAAUUGAUGUAACGAAAAUGGUUUUGUUUUAUUCUCGACUUUUUGAAUUGUGAUUCAGUUUUGUCCA